UGCUUCGUUUGGCAUUUCCAUAAAUUCCACUCUCAAGAUUCAUAUCUGAUUCUGAAGCUCGAAAUUGAGAAUGGCGUCUUCUCUCUCUACUACCUCUUUUCUCUGCACACACUCUCUGAAAUCCCCAACGCUGAAACCUCUCACAAAGCCUCAUUGCUUCGCUCGUUUUCGUGCUCGAGUUCGAGUUCCACCCAAAGCUUCUUCGCAAAACAACAAUGCCAAUAAUGAUUCUGUUGAAACUCCGUCCCUCCAACCCUCUUCCCCUAAACCACCAUAUAAUUCCUCUUCUUCGCUGCUUCGUCAUUUCAGUAAUGGCUGGUUUAAAUUUGAUGAACUUGGGAUGGAGAUAGUGCUCAUUGCUCUGCCUGCUGCUUUGGCUUUGGCGGCUGAUCCUAUUGCCUCAUUGAUUGACACAGCGUUCGUUGGCCAUAUAGGGGCAGUUGAAUUGGCUGCAGUUGGGGUUUCAGCUUCUGUGUUUAAUCUAGUGUCAAAAGCAUUCAAUGUUCCUUUACUUAAUGUUACUACAUCCUUUGUUGCGGAGGAGCAGGCACUGAUUAGGAAGGAGGAAGAGUCCAUUCUGAGUGAUGAAAAUGGAAAGGACCAAAGCAAGAAGCUCCUUCCUUCAGUAUCAACUUCUUUAGCACUUGCUGCAACUCUUGGAAUUGCUGAAACUGUGGUGCUUACGCUUGGCUCUGGCAUUCUUAUGAAUAUCAUGGGUAUACCUGCUGAUUCUCCGAUGCGUGGACCUGCUGAGCAGUUUCUUACAUUGAGGGCCUUUGGUGCUCCAGCAAUUGUGCUCGCAUUAGCUGCACAAGGCACCUUUCGUGGAUUUUUGGAUACAAAGACACCUCUAUAUGCUGUUGGUGUGGGAAACUUUCUUAAUGCCAUAUUGGAUCCAAUAUUGAUAUUUCUUUUUGGUCUUGGCGUUGGUGGUGCUGCAGUUGCUACCGUUAUCUCUGAAUAUUUAAUAGCUUUCAUUCUGCUAUGGAAAUUGAGUGACAAAGUGCUGCUAAUCCCUUCCGAAUUUGAUGGGAGAAAAUUUUUUAGCUAUCUGAAAUCCGGUGGUCUUGUUUCUGCUAGGACUUUGGCUGUGUUUAUAACUGUGACACUGUCAACAUCCGUGGCAGCUCAGCAGGGCCCUAUACCUAUGGCAGGCCAUCAAAUUUGCAUGCAAGUCUGGUUGUCGGUUUCUUUGCUCAAUGAUGCUUUGGCGCUUGCUGGUCAGGCACUUCUUGCCCGUAAUUACUCCCUGGGAAACUAUGAGCAAGCACGCCUUGUUAUAUAUAGAGUGAUACAGAUUGGUUUAGGAGCAGGAAUCACUUUGUCAAUAAUCUUAUUCUUUGGGUUUGGAGCGUUUUCUAGUUUAUUUAGCACAGAUUCUGAAGUUCUGGAUGUUGCUUGGUCAGGUAUAUGGUUUGUUGCUGGAUCUCAACCAGUGAAUGCUUUGGCAUUUGUUAUUGAUGGGAUUUAUUAUGGGGUAUCAGACUUUGGAUAUGCUGCUUACUCGAUGGUUCUAGUUGGACUAGUUUCUUCAACUUUCCUUCUGGUGGCGGCUCCAGUAGGGCUUCCUGGAGUCUGGACUGGAUUGUUUAUUUUCAUGGCUUUGCGUGUUCUAGCUGGAGUUUGGAGGUGAAGUAUUUAAUUAAUAUGGAAGGUUGAGCAGUAAAAGUGGGCCUUGGGAUACAAUCUGGUAUAGAGAUGGAGCAGAAGAUUGACCAACAUGCAUUCAGUACUCAGAAGUUCCAACAUUCACUCCUCAGGUUAAAAAACCAUUUUCAGAAUGAUCAGAAAAUGAUUCUCUCAAGAGCUCUCUUAUAUGAGGGCACUAAAUUCCUGCAAAGAGAAUCCAGUAUCACUGCAGGACUAUAGUAAAUUAUUGAAAUGUAGCAGCCAAUUACUGCUAACCGAUUGCCAAAAUCUUGCUGAUUCAAGUAUUGAUUGAAUGGCCAAUAGAACAGGGAGGGAGAAAAUUAUUGAAUGACCAGCCUACAGCUUAGAGGGUAGUCUUUUUGACCCUCUGUUUUUUGUUGGAAAUUUGUAUUUAUUAGGAAAUUGCACAAUUUUGUAUAUUUUCAUUGCUAAAGGUAGCUGCAAUGCAUGUAAGAAUAAGUACUCUGACUUGUCCAUUGCAGCUAUUCAAGUUAGUUAGGUGUGUACUGUGUAGUAAUUACAAUUUUUUAAUAGUUUUUUACGUUAAUGGUUAGCAUUAAUCUUAACGCAAUUAACAUUAUUUAUUCAGUAAUUUAUAGUCUGGUAUUUGUUGUUAA